UUGUAUAAGGCUUAAAAGCUUCAAGAUUUAAAAUGGCCUCAUCAAAUUUGUUAUUUCCUGAAGGAAACUCUAUUAAUAGACCUCCUAUAUUCAAUGGGGAAGGGUAUCAUUAUUGGAAAUCUAGGAUGCAAAUUUUUAUAGAAGCCAUAGACUUAAACAUAUGGGAUGCUAUUGAAAAUGGUCCUUUCAUUCCCACUAUUGUAGUAGGUCAUGAAAUAAAAAAUUUGCCCAGAGAACAAUGGAGUGAAGAUGAUAGAAGAAAGGUUCAAUAUAACUUAAAAGCCAAAAAUAUAAUCACUUCUGCUUUAGGAAUUGAUGAAUAUUUUAGAAUUUCAAAUUGUAAAAGUGCUAAAGAAAUGUGGGAUACACUUGAAGUAACACAUGAAGGUACUAAUGAUGUGAAAAGAUCUAGGAUAAACACUCUCACUCAUGAAUAUGAAUUAUUUAGAAUGAAUCAAAAUGAAAGCAUACAAGACAUGCAAAAGAGAUUUACACAUAUAAUUAAUCAUCUUGCAUCUCUAGGAAAAGUGUUUCCUAAUGAAGAUCUUAUUAACAAAGUUUUGAGAUGUUUGAGUAGGGAAUGGCAACCGAAAGUGACUGCAAUUGCUGAAUCAAAAGAUCUGACAACCAUGUCUCUUGCCUCAUUGUUCGGAAAACUUCAAGAACAUGAAAUGGAAUUAAUGAGACUAAAUCAAAAUGAGGAAAGUGAUAAAAGAAAGAAAGGGAUAGCACUCAAAACAUCAUCAUCUAUUCAACAAGAAGAUGAGAAAGAAGAAAAUAUUGAGGAAGAUGGUUUAGAGGAUGAUGAGGAUUUCAGUCUCUUUAUAAAGAGAUUCAACAAAUUCCUUAGAAACAAAGGAAACCGAAAAAGAUUCAACUUCAACAAUAAGAGAAAAGGAGAAGACUCUUCUUCAACCCCAAAAUGCUAUGAAUGUAAUCAACCAGGACAUUUGAUAUUAGAAUGUCCAAUCUAUAAAAGAAGGAUGGAAAAAUCUAAUAAGAAAAGUUUCAAAGAAAAGAAGGGGAAGAAAGCCUAUAUCACUUGGGAAGAAAAUGACACAGAUUCUACAAGUGACUCUGAAAAUGAAGUUGUAAAUUUGGGACUUAUGGCCAAUGACUACGAAAGCGAAGAAGAGGUAACAUCUUCUAACAAUGAAAUCUCAAUCUCAUUUGAUGAACUUCAAGAUGCAUUCAAUGAUUUACAUAAAGAAUCAUUUAAACUUGCUAAAUUAGUAUCAUCUUAUAAGAAAACAAUUUCAAAAUUAGAAAAUGAGAUUUCAAAAUUAAAUAAUGAAUUAGAUAAUCUCAAAACUGAAAUUAAGAUGAUUAACUCUAAAAAUGAAAAACAUGAAAUUAAAACUAAGUUAGAUACUAAUAAAGCAAAUCAUCCAUGUUUAACUUGCAAUAAAUUUAAGGAAGAAAUUAGUAAUUUAAGAAACACUCUUGCAAAAUUUACAAAUGGAAGAAAUAAUUUAGAUAUAAUAUUAGGAAAGCAAAAAUGUAUGUUUGAUAAGACAGGAUUAGGAUAUAAUCCUCAAAAACCAAGGUCAUAA